AUGGCUUCUCAUAGUCGCCGUAAGAGUCGUGGCUCUUUCUCAAUCUUGUCAAGUGACACCAUCCGGUCAUGGAGUCGGACAGGUGCUCGUCAAGUCACAUCCCCGGAGCCAGAGGCCUUUGGUCGUUCUCCUUCAAGCCUCUCAUACUGUGAUCCCAACAAUCAGCCUCCUGCUACCGCUCAGCAUGCUGGCAUCGGCACCGUUUCCUCAUCUUCACCGUUCACUUCCUCUGACGCUCUUGCUGUUGAGAAGCCAUCACCUCGGGCAGACGAGUCAACCACCAAGCGUAAACACCGACCCUUGUCAUGGCUCACUUUCAACAAAGCUCAGACAGCAUACCCUCGUAGCCUCUCUGAGCGAUUUGGCCUUCCGAGAGGUCAAAGCUCUUCGUCAGUGGCCAAGAGCACCAUCUCAGCCCCUAUGCUUACCAGCACCACCAACACCAAGGUAGCAGAGGUCGAGGGCGUACAUUGUGGUGAGCUCACUCAGGAGACCUUCAACAAGUCGACUUGGAGCAACAAGCUUGGUUGGGUGAGUGCCGAAGAUGACCACCGCACAGCAGCAACACAGGCACGAUCCCUCGCGGAGCGAAUUGAAGCCGAGGAGAAGUUCCAGCUGAAGCCAGUAGCAAGAUUGCAGAAGAUAGGAGAUGCACUGCUAGCCCGCUUCAGAAGCAAUGGCGGGCAGCGUCGAGGAUCGUUCGACAUGAUGGAUUCCAGCACCACCGAUCAAGCAACAGAAGCUUCAAAGAUGGCGAAUAUUCAAGCAGAGACAGUGAAUUUGUGCAGAGACAAGAUCCGUAACCUCACUGGCCAGACGCAGCGUUAUCAGCGCACCCGUCCUACCAAUUUGCUGAAGACAACACCAAAGCCUGGCGCUGAGAAAUGGGACCCGCCUCUCCUUCACCACGGUGACCACAGUUGCUCUUCUGCAGCUUUGUCUGAAACUUCUGACACUCCGAACUUUCACACCAACGAUCACUCUUCACAAGUUGGCUCUUUGACCAGAUCUUUCAAUUCUGCUUUGGAUAGAGGACUACUCACCGAAACCACCAAUAUGGACUUGAUCCGCGACGCCGCCAAGAAGUUGGGCAUCCGUAGCAAGGACCAGAAGAGAAAAGACGACCUCAAGAAGAAGAUCUCAGACCCGCUUCCCAUCAACGCACAAUUCACCGACCAACACAUCGACGAGAAUAACCCAGUCGUUCCUAAAUGGCAAGCCAUUCCACCUCCUGGCGAGACCGCCGACGUCGACAAGCUCCUCGGCGCUAUGCCGGACCCACCAAAGCCAGCUCCCGUCCCAACCAACGACGACGCACCAGAAUGGGGCCGUGUUCCGCUGCCUGAGGGCUACAUCUCAUAUCCCAACUCGCCAACCAAGGACAAAGUUGCCGGGCCCGUUCGCACUCGUGCCCGCCUCGCUGCCAACAACGGCUCCGAGGACGAGAUCAACCCCCUCGGCAUGCACCAAGAUGUCGGUGCGUUCGCCGAAGCUCCUGCCAACCUAACCGGUGCCUACGCACAGCAGAAGCGAGAGAGCGUGCUGUCCUUCGGGCAGUUCCUCCGCGAGUGCGAUGAGGCUGAGGAGGAGAAGGAGAAGGCGGUGGCCGAAGAGGAAGAGCGCAAGAAGAAGGAGAAGGAGGAGAAAAGCCUCCGCAAGAGCAUCAGCCGCGUCUUCAAGAAGUGA